AUGAAGAUCCUGGAAGGGGUGGAGACCCUGAGUGGUCGGUGGUGUUACUGGUGUGCUCGUCCCUUCUUGUCCUGUUUUAAGGGAGGGGUUGGAACCUUGCAUUCCUGGCCUACCCAGCAUGACACAGGAGCGUGGGAGACCCGUGGGGGCAGCUCUGCCAACGCCAGAUUCACAAAGAACCUCUCUCCGGACAAAAUCAACCUGAGCACCCUGAAGGGGGAGGGUCAGCUGACCAACCUGGAGCUGGAUGAAGAGGUCCUGCAGAACGUAUUGGAGCUGCCCACCUGGUUAGCCAUCACUCGCGUCUACUGCAACCGGGCCUCCAUCCGGAUCCAGUGGACGAAGUUGAAGACGCACCCAAUUUGCUUGUGCCUGGAUAAGGUUGAAGUAGAGAUGCAGACCUGUGAGGAGCCGCGGCCCCCCAAUGGACAGUCUCCCAUCGCCCUCGCGUCUGGACAGAGUGAAUACGGCUUUGCCGAGAAGGUGGUGGAGGGGAUGUUCAUCGUGGUCAGUUCCAUCACCGUCAAGAUUCACUCCAAGGCCUUCCACGCUUCUUUUGAACUGUGGCAGCUCCAGGGUUACAGCGUCAACCCCAGCUGGCAGCAGAGUGACCUUCGCCUCACCCGCAUCACUGACCCCUGCCGAGGAGAGGUUCUAACAUUUAAGGAAAUAACUUGGCAGACACUUCGAAUUGAGGCAGAUGCUACAGAAAAUGGUGACCAGGACUCUGUCACUACCCCAUUAAGGCUCAUUACCAACCAAGGCAGGAUCCAAAUAGCCCUCAAGAGAAGGACCAAAGACUGCAAUGUGGUGGCCUCCAAGCUGACGUUCCUGCUGGAUGACCUGCUCUGGGUGCUCACUGACUCGCAGCUCAAGGCCAUGAUGAAGUAUGCGGAGUCGCUGAGCGAGGCCAUGGAGAAGUCAGCCCAGCAGAGGAAGAGCCUGGCUCCCGAGCCCGUGCAGGUCACUCCGCCUGCUCCCAGUGCCCAGCAGUCCUGGGCCCAGGCUUUUGGCGGCAGCCAGGGCGGCAGCAGCAGCAGCGGCAACAGCAGCCGCCUCAGCCAGUACUUUGAGAAAUUUGAUGUGAAGGAGUCCUCCUACCACCUGCUCAUCUCCCGCCUGGAUCUGCACAUCUGUGACGACAGCCAGUCUCAGGAGCCAGGUGUCUCUGCAAACAGACUCACGGGUGGUGCCAUGCAGCUUACCUUCCGCAGGAUGGCGUUUGACUACUACCCAUUCCACUGGACAGGUGAUAGCUGCAAACACUGGGCUCGGCACUGUGAGGCCAUGGAGACCAGAGGACAGUGGGCCCAGAAGCUGGUAAUGGAGUUUCAGAGCAAAAUGGAGAAGUGGCACGAAGAGAUGGGGCUGAAAACAUCCUGGCACCUCGGGGUAGAUGCUCCCUUCCGAAGAAAAGCAGCUUCUCUCUCCAGUCCUCAAAAGAACCCUCUUGAGAAAACCUCUUUGCAGGGCCGGCAGGCCACCUUCCGACCUCCAGCCUGGAAUCGCUUACGCUCCAGCUGCAUGGUUGUGCGCGUGGAUGACCUGGACAUCCACCAGGUGUCUACGGCUGGACAGCCCAGCAAGAAGCCAUCCACGCUCCUCUCCUGCAGCCGCGGGCUCCACAGCCUGCCUGCUCAGGCAUCUGCCAUCCACGUGGAGUUCACCGAGUAUUACUUCCCGGAUAACCAGGAGCUUCCGGUUCCCUGUCCCAAUCUCUACAUUCAGUUAAAUGAUCUGAUAUUUACUGUGGAUCCUGUCAGCCUGCUCUGGGGAAACCUCUUCUGCCUCGAUUUAUACCGCAGCUUGGAGCAGUUCAAAGCUAUCUAUAAGCUGGAAGAUUCAAGGCAGAAAGAUGAACACUUGGAUAUCCGGCUGGAUGCCUUCCGGUUGAAGGUGAGCUUCCCACUGGAGAAGAAAGAGCAGGCGAAGUUGCAUCGUCCCCAGGCCCUUGUCUUCUCUGCAUCUGGCAUGAUUGCCACCAAUACUCGUCAUGCCCCACAUUGUAGCUGUCCUGACCUCCAGAGUCUCUUUCGGGGUUUUGCUGCUGCUGAGUUCUUUCAUUCUAAUUAUGAUCACUUUCCCAAGGUUCCAGGUGGCUUUAGCCUUCUGCACAUGCUUUUUUUGCACCAUGCCUUUCAGAUGGAUUCUGGCUCCUCUCAGCCCAGCACCCUCCCUCUCCAGAGGCCUAGGGCUUCCCAGGAUCUCUGGUCCAUCCACUUUUCCCAGGUCUCCUUGGACUUUGAGGGAACAGAGAACUUCAGAGGCCACUCCUUGAAUUUCGUGGCCCCCUUCCCCCUGUCCAUUUGGGCCUGCCUGCCUCUCCGCUGGCAACAAGCUCAGGCCUGGAGGCUCCUUUUGGCCUCGGAGGGGAGGCUGAAACCGUCAGCCAGCUUUGGAAGUCCUGUCCGAUCUGAGGCCCUUGCUCCCGAGUCUGUGUCCCGUCAGAGGUCAAAGACGGAGCAUGAUCUGAAGAGCCUGUCUGGCCUCAUGGAAGGCAGCAUUGCUGCAGACAGUAGAGGGCCUCCACCGGGGCUGGAGGACGCAGCUGACGUCCAUGUGCUCGUGCACUCCCCGGCCCAUGUUCGAGUGAGGCUGGAUCACUACCAGUACUUGGCCCUGCUCCGCCUGAAGGACGUGCUGCAGGGGCUUCAGGAGCAGCUGACCAAGGACACGCAGGCCAUGACUGGGUCUGCCCUGCAGGACCGGACAGCUUGCAUCGGUGUCCUCUUCCCCAGCGCGGAGGUGGCUCUGCUCAUGCAUCCUGCCCCUGCGGCUGGUGAUGCAGACUCUGCAGGUUCAGAUACCACUAGCCUCAUAGAUUCUGAGCUGUCUCCCUCAGAGGAGCGGGAACCCAAGUCUGACGCAUCCUCAGAGCAGGGCCCGGCAAGCCCUGAGAAGGUCCUGGGGGACAGCAGCAUGGAAAAUCUGGAUGCGUCCCAGGAGAGGCUGCACAGCAAUGGAGACCUGCAGGACCCCGGGCCCCCUGCACAAUGGAUGGCAGGGAAGGGGCAUGAGGCCGUUGAGUCCCUGCAGGCCAAGAGACUGAGCAGAGCCCAGGCCUCCAGCUCACCAGCUGUGUCGAAGUCCCCCACAGGCAGGGCCACCGUUGUGGAUGGACAGGGUGAGCCCAUCCCCCUGAAGAACAUCGAGGGAGAGUUAUCAAGUGCUAUCCACCUGACCAAGGAUGCCACCAAGGAGGCUCUGCAUGCCACCAUGGACCUCACCAAGGAAGCCGUGUCCCUGACUAAGGACGCCUUCAGUCUUGGCAGAGAUCGAAUGACCUCCACCAUGCACAAGAUGCUGUCCCUGCCCCCUGCCAAGGAGCCCUUGGCCAGGACAGAGGAGGGGGUGGCGACCCCAAUAAGUGGAGGAGCUGCCCGACUCCGGUUUUUCUCCAUGAAGAGGACAGUGUCUCAGCAGUCAUUUGAUGGUGUCGUGUUGGAUAGCAGUGGCCCCGAAGACCGGAUUUCAGUGGACAGUGACGGCAGCGAUAGCCUUGUGAUGCUCUUGGACGCUGAAUCUGGUCUAGAAUCGGUUCCACUAGGUUCUCUUCCAACUGUCUUGGAUGAUGCUGGUGUUCAGGGGACCCCUGUUGCAGAUAACUGUGGCCGUGUGUCCCCAGAGGCCACCAGUUCAGCUUCGCCCAGCAGGGAGGACCUCGUCCUGCACUCGGUGUCAGUUCUGGUCCUGAAGGUGGACGAGGUGACUUUUGGGAUUGAGGUACGUGGUGAGGACCUGACGGUAGCCUUGCAAGCGGAGGAACUGGCCCUGCAGCAGCUGGGCACCGUGGGGCUCUGGAAGUUCCUGCAUGGACAGUGCCCUGGUGCGAGCCUGCAAAAACCCUCAAGUGUGCAGACUGACCACAUGCAGCCAGCCGUGGGCCUUCGCUUUGAGGUGGGGCCUGGCGCGGCUGUUCAUUCUCCUCUGGCCACACAGAAUGGUUUCCUGCAUUUCAUGCUUCGUGGCUGUGACCUUGAGCUGCUCACUUCGGUGCUCAAUGGCCUGGGCCCCUUCUUGGAGGAUGAGGAAGUCCCAGUAGUUGUCCCCAUGCAGAUCGAGCUCCUGAACUCCAGUGUCACCCUAAAGGAUGACAUCCCGCCCAUCUACCCAACGUCCCCAGGCCCUGUCCCCGUCACUCUGGCCAUGGAACACGUUGUGCUGAAGCGCAGUGAUGAUGGCGUCUUCCACAUCAGCGCUGCUGCUCAAGACAGACCGUCCGUGGGAGUGCCUAGAAGUGAGAAGAGGCAGCCCCCUAAAGGACAGGUGUUUCUGGCACCUGCCGGAGAGGUUUCUGGAGAGCAGGUGCAAGAACUGCCUGCCCUCCUAAAAGAACUUACAGAAACGAAGCAAGCAUUGGCCAAUGCCAAGCAGGAAAAAGAAAAACUUCUACAGGAGAUUAGGAAAUAUAACCCCCUCUUUGAGCUCUGAUAGCAGUGGCUCAGCUGUCUGUGCCCAGGAGAAGAGAGGUCACCAGCCUCAGCACCAGCCAGGACGGGAGGCGCUGUCUGCUGAGGAGGCCUGAGGAACGGGGUGCGCUUUCUGCUGGCUGUUCUGACUCAGGUGGAGGACAAGGCAGAGCAUGGCCGCACCCCAGGAAAGGGCGGCAGCUCUUGCGUGGCUCAGGCAGCACGUCAGGCCUUACACAGCCCUUGGUGGAAUCUCCUCCGCUCCAAAGGCCACUUCUCCUGGUUUCGUGGCAGAGAUAUUUGCUUCCUUCACGGCCUGUGUGAACAAGUCACAGUCCUCACCUCCGCAGCCACCCACAGAGCCACCAAAGAUUCCAUGUCGCGGCUUCCUGAAGCAGACCCAGGGAGGUCUUGGGCUGGGCCAGGCCAGCCUUGCUAAUGGAUUAGAACAGGAGGUCGCCUAGCAAGGGCGGGGUCUUGAGAGGCACACGUAACGGGGCCUCUGCCUGCUUCAGGACGGGAGCCAGGCUCGUGUCGUCUUCCCGAUGCUGCCAUCCACUUGCUCAGGGUCAAGCCUCCUUUCGGUUGGAAUCUCAUCAUGGUGAUGCCGCGACAGGAAGUAAACAGCGGUUUCGAAUCAGCCAUGCCAUCUUUCCUCUCUAGGACAUAACUGAUUCGGAAUUAGAAUAAAGAAGAAAUACUUGCUCUGAGCUAGGUUGCAGGCAUGAUGUGGUAGGGGACUGGUUUCAGGGACCUUGGUUCUGAACCCCCCUGCCAUAGCUGUGCCCGAGAGGUAGGUUGCUCCCUCGGCCUCCC